AUGGUCUGGGUUUUCAAAUUGCCUGCUAAUCACGUAAAUUUCAUUAGUAACCCAAAUAGAAAGGUGCACGCCUACCUUUUUCUUUCACAGGUUUACGACGUCAGCUCGUUUCUCUCCGAACAUCCUGGAGGUUUUCAAGUUAUCGCUGAACUAGCUGGGCAGGACGCCACCGCCGCUUUCGAAGAUGUCGGGCACUCAAAGGAUGCUAGAGAAAUGACCAAAGAAUAUCUGAUCGGAAAGCUCGAGGCCAGUUCAUCGUCUAGCGCCGUAAAAGCCGACGCUGGUAGUUCAGCAGAGCAAGGAUGUUCGAUAUCUUGCGCUCUAAAGAAGGCCAAAGAAAUCAUUCUCUCUCCAACGUGGUCGAACUUCCUGAUCCCUACGACCAUUGGAAUAAUCAUUUAUGUUCUCUACAAAGGAGCCGUCAAGGCAUUGGAGUGA